AUGGACCAAUCCGCUUCAGCUUCCUCUAUGAUGUUACCCAAUCAGAGGCGGAGGGCGGAGAUCCGGCCGGCCGAGGGCAGAGCGUGGUUUUUCUCCUGCUCCAGUGUGGGGCUUGCUGCUGAGACUUUUAUACCUGUGGAUGUUGCUGCUGACAUGGAGACGAUUGAAGAACAGUUUGCUAAUCUGCAUAUUGUUAGGCGUUCCUCGGAACCAAAAGAGCCCACUUACCUGCUUGGCAUAGACACAUCAAAGACCGUCCAAGCGGAAAAAAGGAGCUUGGUUGCUGUUCUGUGUUCAAAUGCAUCCAUAAGAAUAUAUGAUAAAGAGACACUAAAUGUACUACGAGAAUUUAGUGGCUCUCCCGGACUCCUUAAUGGAGUCAGAUUUGGGAAUUCCUGUGACAAUGUCUAUUCUGCAAGUACGGAUGGCACUGUCAAAUGUUGGGAUGCUCGGGUAGCUAGUGAAAAGCCUGUGCAGUUGUUCAAAGGUUACCCUUCCAAUAUUUUCAUCAGUUUUGAUGUCAACUGCAAAGAUCAUAUCAUUUGUGCUGGUACAGAAAAGGUUGAUGAUGAUGCAUUGUUGGUAUUCUGGGAUGCAAGGACCACAUCUCAGGAUCUGUCUACUAGAGACCCACUUGGUGCCUAUUCAGAGACGCACAGUGAUGACAUUACUCAAGUACGUUUCCAUCCCAGCAAUCCCAACAUGGUUGUCUCUGGUUCAACUGAUGGCCUGGUAAAUGUGUUUGAUAUCAGCGUGGAUAAUGAAGAUGAUGCAUUGGUUGCCACCUGUAACUCCAUUUCAUCAGUGAGCUGUAUUGGUUGGUCUGGAAGAGAUUAUAAACAGAUUUACUGCAUGACACACGAUGAAGGAUUUUGUUGGUGGGAUCUUAAUCAUUUGGAUACUGAUGAACCAAUCACAUGUUUGAACAUCCAGGAUGUGAGAGAAGUAACUGAUGGAAAGGAAGGUCACUUGGACUAUCUGAUUGGUGGCCUAUAUCAUGAAAAGAUGGACAGACUGUUUGUUAUUGGAGGAACCAACACAGGAAGGAUUCACUUAAUGAGCUGCGCCCCAUCAGGACUGACCCAUGUGACCAGCCUUCAGGGGGGACAUGCGGCCACUGUUCGUUCUUUCUGCUGGAACGUAUCCGAGGACUCUUUGCUGACUGGAGGAGAGGAUGCACAAUUGUUGCUUUGGAAACCUGGAGCUAUGCAGAAGACAUUCACAAAGAAAGACGGCUUGAAAAUGGCAUCCUCUGUGCAGCAGCGAGUUCGAGUCCACAGCAGCGACUCUUACAAGAGAAGGAAACAGCAGUGAUGUCAUGCAGGGAAUUUGCAAGCUCUUCCGGUUCCAAAUCAAUUUUACAGCAAAUCUUUUUAAAGCUUACUUGUAAAAACAGCAAUUAACAAACAGUCCCAGGCAAAUAUUGAGAAUGAUUUAACUUGGGUCCAGACAUACUCUUUAAUAUUUUUAAAGCCUCCAGCUGAAUAUAAAAACCAGUGACUUGACAGGGAAAUUACUAGCCUUGUUUUGAAACCAUCUGUUGAGUUAGUAAAUGUUGGGUUUGAAGAAAUCUCUUCGAAAAGGCCUCUCCGAUAGAUAACUGGGGAGACAAUGAAACGGCUGGUUUGGGCUGUGUGUUUUAAGAUCAAACUUUCUAUGUUUGAAAUUAUCUUCAUUGUUUAUGCAACAUUGACUGUUUAGUAAUUUGAGGGGCUUUUGCUUGCUCGUCACACCUCCUCUGUCACCUCAGAGCAUUAAGGAAGCAUUCUAGUGAGUCUAAAUAGACUUUUAUUUUUUUAGGAAUGAAGUAUAGUAUUUUCCCAAAAUGAGAAAAAUAUAUUUAGUAAUACUUGCAUCUGUAGUUUAAUACACUCUACGCUUGGGUACCUGACACCCAGGCACUCUGCUGAUGAAAAAGAAAUUACCUCGUUAGAUUAGUUUUGAGACUUAGAGUAAGGUAGAGCAAUGAAAAUACAACAGCAGGCCUGUUCUCUUUCAAAAUAUUCUUUCAAUAAUAUGAUUAAAUGUUCUUAUGUCACCUA